AUGUACGAUUCCCAAUUCAAGCAGAAUGUUAUCGUAAUUUCUCCAGUUUUAUUUAUCCGUGGUGAUAAUGUACGUCAGGCCGAAAUUGCUCUUCACAAAGGAUCUAGGGCCACCCACCCUUGUCAAUUCUGUGCAUCUGGUUUUUCUGCACCUUCUCGUACACUCCAAGACUAUAAAGACUUUGCGACUUUGCAAUAUCAACAAAGACCGGAGCCGGUUUUUCUUCCAAACAGGGACGUCCUCGGGGAAGGAUUGCAUUUGAAAGCGAUUAGAGCAAACUUGGAUUUAAGUUUACUGGCGGACCUACCUGUCGAGAUACUUCACACGUUGUUACUGGGAAUGACAAAAUAUUGUUUUAUAAUUGUGUAUGAUAACUGUAUGGAUAAUAAUCAUAUCGAGUCAUUGACAGAUCUAUUCCGCAAUUACAACUCAAAAGCUUUCAACCGUAACUUGACAUCAUCAUUGACAAACUUUCGCUCAUUUGUCGGUAGAGACUACAAGAUCAUGGUACAGCUACUUCCUUCGUUGCUUCAACAAUCUCGUCUGGAUAAUGCCAGAUCAUAUCUUAACCAAACAGUUUUCGAAUCAAUUUUCAAUUGCUUCAACACUCGUUUUAGUAGCAGAAACAAUAGCGGCUAUACUAAAGCACACUUCCUAGUCCAUUUAUCAGACGAUGUAGAAAUAUUUGCUGGUGGUCCUCACACUGAGGCUGGACAUUAUGAACAGCAACACAAGUUUAUGCGAGAGCUACUAUACCAUACUAAUCGCCAUAAUGGUCCAAGAGAUGUAGUAUUAAGAUUUUCGGAAGAAUAUAUGCUACGCCAUAUGUGCCAAGGUGGAUCAUUUAUAAGAGAUUCUUCGGCACCAAUGUAUGAAAUGUGCAGUGAAGCUGACGUUGGUCUCGCUGCUCUAUUCAGAAACAUGAACAGCCCAACAAAUGGUCAAACUCUUGGAAGGAUUUCACAAAAAGCAAACGGCUACUAUUUCGUUGAAGCUUUUGAAUUUGUGCCGAUAAAAGAUGAGCAUCUUGGUUUGGUAAGCAUUUUCAGCACAUGCGCAACUGAUCUGGCCGGAAACUUUGUAACCCGUAGACUGCCAUCCCAAGAUUUUUUAAUCGAAGAUACGAGCUCCGAAGACUAUGAGGUUUUACAUGUUUUUGAUAUGUCACAAAUGCCUAUAGAUGCACAGAUCAGAAAUAACCAACAGUUUUCCGUCGUCAAUAAGUCCCAUUUUGGAACUUUAUGGUGGCUUCAUAAUACAACUUGUAGAUAGGAUAAAAUUAUUCACUAAUUCUUCUUUAUAAAUACUCAAGUAAUACCUGUAUCUUUUCAAUUAAGUGGAAAAUUUAUUGUUUUC